AUGAAGCUUGGGGAGGAAAAGGUGCUGGAGAAGCUGGAGUUGCAACCCCUAGAUCCUCUACAGGCAGCAGGACCCCAUGAUCAGAAGGCUGCCAGGUCCAGUUCUGGCUCUGCCACUUCCAGGCCAUUCACCCUGGGGCAAGCUGCCUCGGUGCUGGCAGCUCUUAGGCUACUGGGAGAAACAGAUGAAAUGUUUCGGGAGCAGCGCAGCGCGGGCAGGCAGGGCCGCGGCCUCCCCAGGACCGGGCGCAGCGACAUGGAGCCCCCAGCCUUCUUCCCGGGCUUCCCGGCCCUGCCCUCGGUCGCGCCGUCGGGGCCGCCGCCGCCUUCGCCUUCUCCGCUCGCCGGAGCCGAGCCCGGGCCGGAGCCCGAAGAGGCGCCCGCGGGCCGCGGAGAGCCGGAGCCGGAGCCCGCGCCGGGCCCGGGCCCAGGGGGGCGGAGGCGGCGGCGGCCCCUGCAGCGCGGGAAGCCGCCCUACUCGUACAUCGCGCUCAUCGCCAUGGCGCUGGCGCACGCCCCGGGCCGCCGCCUCCCGCUGGCCGCCAUCUACCGCUUCAUCAGCGAGCGCUUCGCCUUCUACCGCGACAGCCCGCGCAAGUGGCAGAACAGCAUCCGCCACAACCUCACGCUCAACGACUGCUUCGUCAAGGUGCCCCGCGAGCCGGGCAACCCGGGCAAGGGCAACUACUGGACGCUGGACCCGGCGGCCGCGCACAUGUUCGACCACGGCAGCUUCCUGCGGCGCCGCCAGCGCUUCAAGCGCGCCGAGCCGCCCGCGACCCCGCCGCCCGCGCCCGCCGCGCCGCCCGGCCCCUGCGUGCCCUUCCCGUCCGACCCCUUCGGCGCGGACAGCCUGGGGGGCCUGGGGGACCUGCCGCCCGAGCUGGGGGUGCUGGGCGCCCCGGAGCCGCCCUGCUGCGCCGUGCCCGACGCCGCCUUCCCGCCCUGCGCCGCCGCCUUCCCGCCGCUCUACGCGCCCGACCGCCCGGCGCUGCCCCCGCGCCCCGCCGAGCCGCUGCUGGCCUUGGCCGCGCCGCCGGGAGCGCUGGGCCCGCUUGGCCCGCUGUGCCCCGGGGAGGCCUACCUGCGGCCGCCGGGCUACCUGCCGGGGCUGGAGCGCUACCUGUGAGCCCUGCCUCGCAGGCAGCGGCCGCCUGGAGAACCCCCUGCCUCUUGGACUGAGCACACCUGUUACCUCUUUCAUUGGGGAGAAUCCCAUCUUCUCUCCACCGGACUGAACCCUCCCUCCCCCCACUGUGUGAGCCCCUCGUUUCUUCUCCUUCCCCGGUGGGCCCCCACCUGCGCGCUUCCCCAGUG